AUGAGCAACCCUCCAAAUACUCCUGUUUCUCCGGCCAAUGAGAAAGAAAACGAUAGUAAACAGGAUAUAGAAAGGCCAGAUGACCCACGCUGGCCAUACUCCCCAACAUUUCUCGCAGCACUCACACCACAAGAACUCGCCAAACUUCAUUCUAGCUCCCCAAAAUCUAUUAAUGUUCCAUGGGAUGAUGAGCCACCCCAGCUGAGAACUAGACGACCUCAUCAACUUCUUCCUCAUCCUCUAAAUCACCCUGCAACACUCCCACGCCCCUACGAAUAUCAACCAGAAGAUUGGAACCCCGUCCUUGGUAGACACACACUUGUACACCCUGAAAAUUCUGAAUGUUGGGUUCCUGAUGAUGCCGACACUCGUGACGCAGUCGGAAUAUGGCGGUGCCCAAAAAUCAAAGAAAGUGGCGAAAGAUACUUCAAGACCUUAGAACCCUUGGAUAACAGCCUAUGGUGGAUUUGGGAUCCGAAGAGAGAAUACUAUUUCGACGGUGUCUUUCUCAAGUCCCGUAUUCAUGAUUGGUUCUCUUGUCGACUCAUUGAGCUUGGAGAGUCUGUCACCUAUAAUGGGGUUUAUGAUCGCUAUGGUUUUUUUUGA